AGCACAAACACCUCAUACCACCUAUAAAGCAUGGUGGUGGAGGACUGAUGAUCGGGGCUUGUAUUGCAGCCUGGACCUGGACACCUUGCAGUUAUUGAGUGGACCAUGGACUCUGGAGUCAAAUAUGAUGCCAUCUGUCUGAAAGCUUGGCUGAAACUGACUCAUGCAACAGGACAAUGACUCCAAACAGAAACAGAUCUACAACAGAACGACUAAAAAAUGUCUCAUCUGAUUCAGGGCAGCUUGGUCCGAUCCAGUGUUCCCAGUUUGAAGUUCCACACUACAGCAGGUCCUAUGAUGGGUGUGACAGUACAGCAGUUCGAGCAGGCGAAGACUAAACUGUCGACACUGAAGAAUGACCCGGGCAAUGAGGUCAAACUAAAGAUCUACGCUCUCUUCAAACAGGCCACUCAGGGUCCCUGCAACACCCCCAAACCAGGGAUGCUGGACUUUGUCAACAAGGUCAAAUGGGAUGCGUGGAAGUCUCUGGGCUCCAUAUCACAGGAUGAAGCCAGGCAGCAGUACUGUGACCUGAUUGGCUCCUUGGUGGAAGCAGAAGGCGGAAGCUCCGCCCAGGUUGCUGCGACGCCUGCUGGAAGUGGCGCUUCAUACGAGACGCUGUUAGUGACGACGGAGGAUAACAUCACCACCAUCAAACUGAACCGACCAGCAAAGAAGAACGCCAUCACCACGGAGAUGUACAACGAGAUCAUCGCAGCUCUGGACCAGGCAGCAAAAGACGACUCAGUCAUCACAGUUUUUACUGGUGCCGGUGAUUUCUACUGCAGCGGAAACGACCUCACAAACUUCACCAAGAUCCCAGAGGAUGGAGUGGAGGCGAUGGCCAGAAAAGGUGGAGAUCUGCUCAGGAAGUACAUAAGUGCCUACAUUGACUUCCCAAAGCCGCUGGUUGCCGUGGUGAACGGCCCAGCUGUUGGCAUCUCCGUCACCGCGUUGGGACUCUUCGACCUGGUCUACGCCACUGAGAGGGCCACUUUCCACACGCCCUUCAGCCAGCUGGGUCAGAGCGCCGAGGGCUGCUCCUCCUACACAUUCCCCAAAAUGAUGGGCAACGCCAAGGCCAGUGAGAUGCUGCUGUUCAACAAGAAGCUGACGGCAGCUCAGGCCUGUGAACUCGGUCUGGUCACCGAGGUUUUCCCCGACAGCAGCUUCCAGUCCGAGGUCUGGACCAGACUGAAGGCCUACGCCAAGCUGCCCCCCAACUCUCUGGCUCUGUCCAAACAGCUGAUCCGAUCCAUGGAGAAGGAGCGUCUGCACGCCGUUAACGACGCCGAGGUGGAGCGUCUGAUGGAGCGCUGGACCUCAGACGAGUGCUUCAACGCUGUCAUGAGCUUCUUCCAGGCCAAGGCCAAGCUGUGAAGGAGGAACGUGUCGUAGACCUGGUUCAGCCCGUCAGGACCAGAAUCACCUGAUGCUUUUCAUGCUGUUAACGUCACGCUCUACCACAUCCUUCUUCCUCCCACUCAGAACUGAAAGGUGAACUGUGACAUCAUCAUCAUCAUCAUGUUGUCCUCACUGGGAGGAGGUGAAGGAAGCGAGGAGAGAUGUUACCAUCAUGAAGAGCAUCCUGACUGUGUCUGGACCACACCAAACACAUCUGAUCCUAAAAUCCUGUAUCCGGCACUUCAGGACAGUUCAAAUCUCAGAUGAACUCCUUGUUCUUCAUCCAGAGGUUUGAUCCGGAGCUCCAUCUGCCGCCAUUACCCGUCCCAGUCCGAGGUACCGCGUAGUCCCUUUGUGUAAAACUUAAACUUACUUUAAGGACUGAAAGAAUGAAACCAGAAGUACUUCUAAAGAAAUCUUCAGUCAAAGAACGGAGCUGCAGAAUCUUUAACUCGGAAAUUAAACCCAGAAGCAAUGAGCCUGCUACAUUCACGGGCCGCUGCCUGCGUAGGAAACGCGAGCAUCGUUCCUCUCUCCGUCCCUGUCGACUGUGUGAAAGGCUUUUUAACUUUGUAGCUUUGAUUUGAUGAUUUAUUGUUCAACUAUCUGACACAAAGUACUAAAUGUAGUUUUUAAUCAUGUUUCAGUGAUUUUUGUACAGAAACUGUUGAAUGUUGAACUUUCUCUUUAGUUUCUGAUCAGAUUAUUGAUGAUGCAGAGCUGAUUAAUUCCCUCUGUAGCCUUUUUUUUUUUUUACUGAAGUCAGCACCAGCUGCUGAUGUUUUCAUGGUUUCUAACAGAACUGGUGCCUUCAACUCACCGAGGCUGCUGCUCAUCUUUGCUUCUUUCUUUCACUUCAAUAAAAACUUGUUUCCAAUUCCAAA